CUCCCCCCAACAGCUUCAAGACUCGACCGCUCGGAAGACGAGCUAUGGUUCUGAUUUGAUUGGACACCUACUUGAGAGUAAGCCAUACUGAAUUCUAUGGGACACAUCUGAGUGAUUACGUACACCUGUCCCACAGCUUUUUGGACUUCAUGUGAGCAAAUGGCAAAUGCUGAAGUGAGCAUCCCUGUAGGGGAUGUGGUUGUUGUGCCAACUGAAGGAAAUGAAGGGGGGAACCCAGAAGAUACAAAAACCCAGGUCAUAUUACAACUACAGCCAGUGCAGCAAGGGAUUUAUCAAGAGAGUUCUGAGACGGGUACAGCUGUAGUGGCCGUGGAGACACACACCAUACACAAGCUUGAAGAAGGCAUUGAUGCUAGUGCCAUUGAAAACAAUGAGGAAAUUGAGAUUGCUUAUCCCAUCACAUGUGGAGAGAGUAAAGCAAUGCUGCUCUGGAAGAAAUUUGUUUGCCCCGGAAUAAAUGUCAAAUGUGUCAAGUUCAAUGACCAGCUCAUCAGCCCAAAGCACUUUGUUCAUCUGGCUGGCAAAUCUACCCUGAAGGAUUGGAAGCGAGCUAUUCGCCUUGGAGGAAUCAUGCUGAGAAAAAUGAUGGACUCUGGCCAAAUUGACUUCUAUCAGCAUGACAAAGUUUGCACAAACACCUGCCGCAGCACCAAAUUUGACCUCCUGAUCAGCAGUGCCAGGGCACCCGUACCAGGGCAACAAAGCAUGGUUCAGACUCCAACGUCUGCUGAUGGAAGCAUCACACAGAUUGCAGUAUCUGAGGAGAGUGUGGAGGAAGGGAUUGAAUGGAACUCUGCUCUGACAGCAGCUGUCACCAUGGCAACUGAUGAGGGAAUCAAGAAAGACCCAGAGGAGAUUUCAGAGGAUACACUCAUGUUCUGGAAAGGAAUCGCUGAUGUGGGGUUGAUGGAAGAAGUUGUCUGCAACAUUCAGAAGGAGAUAGAAGAGGUGCUGAAAGGUGUACAGCAGAGGCUUGGCCAGUCAUCCUUGCAGAUUACCGAUGCUGCUGUCUUAAAUAAUGUUGCUCAUACUUUUGGCCUGAUGGACACAGUCAAGAGAGUGCUGGACAACAGGAAGAGUCAAACAGAUCAGGGAGAAGAGCAGUUCCUCUAUACACUUGCAGACCUGGGCCGCCAGCUGGAGGAGCAGAAGAAGAUCACUAGAGAUCAGAAGAUCAGAUCUCAGGCUGUACAAAACGUGGUCCUAAUGCCUGUCAGCACCCCAAAACCCCCCAAGAGGCCUCGGCUGCAGCGUCCAGCAUCAGCCACUGUCUUAAGCCCUUCGGCCCCCAUCCAGCAGCCUCAGUUCACCGUGAUUUCACCGAUCACCAUUGCACCGAUGGGGCAGCAGUUUUCUGUGAGCAACAUUCCCACCGCCACUAUCAGCCAGGGCUCAAGCCCAGUGACUGUUCACACUUUGCCAUCAGGCUCCCAGCUUUUCCGCUAUGCCACCGUGGUCUCUUCCUCCAAGACCAACUCCUCUGACACAUUGACCCUUCACCCCUCCUCGAGCUUGGCCCUGCUGAGUUCAGCGGCUGUGCAGGACAGCGGUGGCCUUACUAACGUGGCCACAGUGGUGAACCCUGUGGAACUGGUGGCCAUGGAAUCUGGCCUGACCUCGGCUAUCCAGGCUGUUGACGGCACUUCUGAAGAGGGACAGACCAUCAUAGAAAUAGAUCCAGCACCUGAUCCAGAAGGUGAGACGGAAGAACCGGGGGCCAAAGCUGUGAUCUUAGGGACGGAAGUGAGGACUGAGGAGAAGGUGGUAGCUGAGGUUGACGAGCAUCAGCAUCAAGUCCAUAAUGUCGAAAUUGUGGUCUUGGAGGACUAAUCAGAAAGCCAGAUAAUAAUGUUGCUUCAUUAUUCAUCUCUGUCUGUUGUUUGCCUUUUUUUUUACAACCUCACAGUUAAGUUCUGAGAUAUAUAUAUAUAUAUGAGAAAAACCCACAGUCCACCCAUGAAAGAGACCCGGCUCUGUUUGUGCAAAUUGCACCCUUCACUGAAGACUCCUGCCUAAUCCCAAUCAAUCCCAACAGAAAGGGAACACGCUCCUGAUGUUAUUGAGAUCAUGCACUGAGUAAUGACAGUCAGAAAACCUACUUUUGAAAAGGCACUUUGUCUGUAGGUCUUUUAUGCUCAGAUAUUUCCUUGUUGCUUCUCAGCUCUCAGUCACCAUAGGAAGGGAAAUCUUGUCUUAACAUAUUAAGAUUGCAUUGUUUGGGGGGGGAGGAAUAAGCAGAAAAACAAACCCUUCUCAUUCAAGAUACUGUAUUAAAAUCCCAUCACCUACUCAAGUUUUGUCACUUUUUUAAAAAAAAUUCUGAUUUGUUUUCCUCUUUAGCUGCUGAUGUUGUUGAAUUGUUUUACCUACCUGCAGCUUCUACAGUUGGAUUCUUAGCUGUUCCUUUCCAUAGUUUCCCUGGCAGUUUUCUUCCCCCUUACAUGAUGUUACAAGACUUUAAGGAAGUUUUCAUGCCAUGGGUGCACAUGUGUAUGGGUGCAUGGACAUAUGUGCGCACAUGAAUGCACACUCAUACACAAAGCACAAGGCAUGACAUCCAUAAGCCAUCUGCCCUUUGAAUAUUGCAUUGACAUGUUGUUUCAAGUGUGGAUCAUAUUGUUGCAUGCUGGGAGGGCUGGACCUGGCAGGUUGGGCAUAUCUCCUAUGUACUCUACAAACUGGGAACCAAGCUUGCCAAACUUAUUAGCUCACACUCUUUGUAUAUAUGUUUUUUGUCUUCAACCUUCUGGAAGAAAAUCCUGGUUCACCAAAUUCUAGCAGGCAUCUCCCUUCAGCAACGUGACUGCCUGAUGUGACUAGUUUGGGCUGGACCUUUUUUUCUUUCUUCUGUAAGGAAAUGGAAAGGAGCAGAGAAGGAUUUUUACCCUCCCAGUUUUUUUCUUUAACAUUUAAGAUUAAAGAUUCCUCACUCCAGCCACCAAAGGAUUUCCCAAGAUGAAAGGGAUCCCUCGGGAGGCUUGAGCUUGGGGAUGGGAUUUAGGGUUUGGCUGAUGAUGUCAGAGAGUAUUGGCUCAAGCAUUAAAGCCAGUGGUAAAAGGAAAAUACACAAGGAGAAAGUGCCAUUUGUUUUGAUUUGCAUUAAAAAGGUUUUUUAAGUGAA